AUGGUCGAACUAACUCCAGAGGAAAAGAAACAGUUGAUCACCCGCAACUUACAGGAGACCCUGGGUGAAGAUAAACUUAAUGCAAUACUCAAGGAACGUGAUUUGAAAAUUUACUGGGGCACUGCCACCACAGGCAAGCCACAUGUAGCUUAUUUUGUGCCUAUGUCAAAAAUUGCCGAUUUUCUCAAGGCCGGCUGUGAGGUCACUAUACUCUUUGCUGACUUGCACGCCUAUCUAGAUAAUAUGAAAGCCCCAUGGGCACUACUCGAAUUACGAACACAAUAUUAUGAAGCAGUCAUAAAGGCAAUGCUGAGCUCCAUUGGUGUGCCAUUAGACAAAUUAAAGUUCGUUAAAGGUACCGAUUAUCAGCUGUCGAGAGAAUAUACUCUGGACGUAUAUAAAUUAAGUUCGGUUGUAACACAGCACGAUGCGAGAAAAGCUGGCGCCGAAGUGGUGAAACAAAUAGAAUACCCGUUGCUUUCGGGUUUGCUUUAUCCUGGACUGCAAGCUUUAGAUGAAGAGUAUCUAAAAGUGGACGCGCAAUUCGGCGGCGUUGAUCAGCGCAAGAUAUUUACAUUCUCUGAAAAAUACCUGCCACAAUUAGGUUAUGAAAAACGCAUACAUUUCAUGAAUCCAAUGGUUCCCGGUUUAGCCGGCGGCAAAAUGUCCUCAUCCGAAGAGGAUUCAAAAAUUGACUUGUUGGAUUCGCCCGCCAAUGUUAAAAAGAAGUUAAAGAAAGCUUUUUGUGAGCCCGGAAAUAUUACGGACAAUGGUCUUUUGUCAUUCGUGAAGCAUGUGUUAUUUUCGCUUUUUAAGGAAGGUGAAGGUUUUUCGAUAAAUCGUCCUGCGGAAUUUGGUGGUGAUGUAACAUUCCUUAACUAUGCUGACUUAGAGAAAAGUUUUGCCGAUAAUGAGCUGCACCCCGGAGAUUUGAAAGCUGCCGUUGAAAAGUACAUUAAUAAACUUUUGGAACCGAUAAGAAAAACUUUCGAAAGCCCGGAACUACAAAAGCUUAGUGCAGCUGCCUAUCCACCACCAGGUAAAACGAAAGGUGGAAAUAAUGCGAAUAACGCAGCAGUCGUUGAGGAGGAUGGACCACACCGCUUGGAUAUUCGUGUUGGAAAAGUCGUCGAAGUGUCUCGACAUCCAGACGCAGAUACUUUGUACGUAUUAAAAAUCGAUUUAGGCGAGGAACAACCACGUACCAUUAUAAGUGGGUUGGUGAAAUUUGUAACAAUCGAAGAAUUAGAUCAACGAUUAGUAGCUGUGCUGUGCAAUCUCAAGCCAUCUAAGAUGCGCGGUAUAUUAUCCGAGGGCAUGGUGCUCUGCACAUCGAACGCUGAUCACAGUGUAGUAGAACCCAUCAUUGUGCCGGCUAGUGCCACACCUGGUAGUCGUUUGGCUUUCGAAGGUUACAGUGGUACCCCUGAUGAACAAUUAAACCCAAAAAAGAAGGUUUGGGAGAAAUUAUCUGUGGAUUUAAAAACAAAUGCCGAGGGUGUUGCCGUUUGGAAAGAGAACUUUUUACUUACACCCAACGGAGAGAAACUGACCAGCAAAUUAGCGAACUGCAACAUUAAAUAAAUGAAAUAAGUUAUGGGUGUUCGCGUGGUGUAGUUUUAGAAAGUCGAUAAUACAUACAUAUAUAUACCUACUUUGCAUCAUUUAAUAUUUAUUUGCAAUAUUACUUUUAUAUAUGGCAUAAUAAACACGAGCUUUCUAUAGCAGA